AUGACAUCAAUAAAGCCAUUCCAGCUAGAAGAUCUAUUCACAAUCAACCCAGUGAACCUCGAUCCAUUGACUGAAAAUUUCAAUAUUUCUUUCUACUCACAGUACUUGACACAAUGGCCCAACUUAUUUUACAAAUCAGUAGAACAUACAACAAGUGAUGCCAUCACCACUACUAGCGGAUAUAUGAUGGCUAAAAUUGAAGGACAGCUACUGAAAAUGGAGUACCAUACACACAUCACUGCAGUUACAAUCCACGAUCAGUAUCGACGUCUAUCACUCGCGUCGAAAUUGUGUUUACAAUUGGAAAAAAUUAGUGAAGUGCAACUGACGCUAUUUAUCGAUUUAUUCGUCAAAGUGACAAACUUGUUGGGGAAGAAGCUUUAUGAAAAGUUGGGGUACAGUGUUUAUCGACGAGUUGUGGGGUAUUAUGGUUUUGGUGGUGGUGGUGGUGGAGAGAUGCCACAUGAUCGUAAUGACAUUAAUGAUGAUAUCGAUGCUUUUGAUAUGCGGAAGUCGUUGCCAUUGGAUAAAGAUAAUCAGACAGUGAGAGGGUUGGGAGAGAAGGUGUAUGUACUACCAAAUGAAAUUGUAUUCUAG